AGCCGAGAGGCUAGCGGAGCCGGCUGCAUUGCCAAGCCAGCCCUGGUUGGCUUGCCAUCCUCCAUCUGGCUUAUAAAAGUUUGCUGAGCGCAGUCCAGAGGGCUGCGCGGCUCGUCCCCUCGGCUGGCGGAAGGGGGUGACGCUGGGCAGCGGCUGAGGAGCGCGCCUGCGGCUGUGGCGGGCUUUCGGCUCCAGGGGCAAGGUGAAGAGCGCACAGGGAGCUGGGGGCUGCCGAGGUGGACUUGCACGCUGCACCAUGCCUUCUUGGAUCCGGGCUGUGAUUCUGCCUCUCUCCGGGCUGCUUCUGUCCCUCCCGGCCGCAGCGGACGUGAAGGCUCGGAGCUGUGGCGAGGUCCGCCAGGCUUACGGUGCCAAGGGAUUCAGCCUAGCGGACAUCCCCUACCAGGAGAUCGCAGGGGAACACUUGCGCAUCUGUCCUCAGGAAUACACCUGCUGUACCACAGAAAUGGAAGACAAGUUGAGCCAACAGAGCAAACUCGAGUUUGAAAACCUCGUGGAAGAGACAAGCCAUUUCGUGCGUACCACCUUUGUGUCAAGGCACAAGAAAUUUGAUGAAUUUUUCCGUGAGCUGCUGGAGAAUGCCGAGAAGUCCCUAAAUGACAUGUUUGUGCGGACCUAUGGGAUGCUGUACAUGCAGAAUUCGGAGGUGUUUCAGGACCUCUUCACUGAGCUGAAAAGAUACUACACAGGGGGUAACGUCAACCUGGAGGAGAUGCUCAAUGACUUCUGGGCGCGGCUCCUGGAGCGGAUGUUCCAGCUGAUAAACCCCCAGUAUCACUUCAGUGAGGACUACCUUGAGUGUGUGAGCAAGUACACGGACCAGCUGAAGCCCUUUGGAGACGUGCCGCGGAAACUCAAGAUUCAGGUCACACGCGCCUUCAUCGCUGCGCGCACCUUCGUCCAGGGCCUGACAGUGGGCAGAGAAGUUGCCAACCGCGUUUCCAAGGUGAGCCCCACCCCUGGAUGCAUCCGGGCUCUUAUGAAGAUGCUGUACUGCCCCUACUGUCGAGGCUUGCCUGCUGUGAGACCUUGCAACAACUAUUGCCUCAAUGUCAUGAAGGGCUGUCUAGCCAACCAGGCGGAUCUGGACACUGAGUGGAAUCUGUUUGUAGAUGCGAUGCUGUUGGUGGCAGAGCGCCUAGAGGGACCGUUCAACAUCGAGUCAGUCAUGGAUCCAAUCGAUGUCAAGAUCUCUGAAGCCAUUAUGAACAUGCAAGAAAACAGCAUGCAGGUGUCCGCGAAGGUGUUUCAAGGCUGUGGCCAGCCCAAACCUGCUCCAGCUCUCAGAUCCGCCCGCUCAGCUCCAGAAAACUUUAACACGCGUUUCCGGCCCUACAACCCCGAGGAAAGACCUACAACAGCAGCAGGCACGAGCCUGGACCGGCUGGUCACUGACAUAAAGGAGAAGCUGAAGCUCUCUAAGAAGGUCUGGUCGGCCUUGCCCUACACCAUCUGCAAGGACGAGAGCGUGACAGCGGGCACGUCCAAUGAGGAAGAAUGCUGGAACGGCCACAGCAAAGCCAGAUAUUUGCCUGAGAUCAUGAAUGAUGGGCUGACCAACCAAAUCAACAAUCCCGAGGUAGAGGUGGACAUCACCCGGCCCGACACGUUCAUCAGACAACAGAUCAUGGCUCUCCGGGUGAUGACCAACAAACUGAAGAAUGCAUACAACGGCAAUGAUGUCAACUUCCAAGACACAAGUGACGAAUCCAGCGGCUCAGGCAGUGGCAGUGGGUGCAUGGAUGACGUGUGUCCCACCGAGUUUGAGUUUGUCACCACCGAGGCCCCUGCAGUGGACCCAGACCGGAGAGAAGAGGAAUCUUCAGCGGCGAAGGGCAGCUACUCCCUGCUCUCCUGGUCUCUGAUCUGCAUGGCUCUGGCCCUACAGAGACUCCACAGAUAAUCAUGGGCUUUGGUCAAGUGAAACUGCAUUUUAGCUCUUCAGUGGCCAACCCUCUUCUUUUCUUACAUUCUUGGACAAUGGACCAUGCCACAAAAACUCACCGUUUUCUAUGACGAGAGAGCAGUCUUGCAAUCUGCCUCCCUUUUUGUUUUCCCAAAGAGUACCGGGUGCCAGAGGGUCUGCAUAUUACCUUCUGCUAUCUGUGGGGACCUUGUUUAUUCCAGAGAGAAUUCUUACUCAAGUCUUUCGUACCAAGAGAUUUUUUCUUACCGUCGUUUGCUUUUAUGCUGCAGAAUUAAAGGAAUUUCAUGUUG